AGUAAGCCUUCUAUGUUGAAGUCUACCAUCGUACCCAAUAGGCCGUCGCUCGCGUAGCAGAGUUUAUUGAAGAUAGCGAUAACAAAAUGCUUGUAAUGACCGGUGCCGGCGCAUCCACUGAUAGCGGUAUACCCGAUUAUAGGUCACCUUCUGGUAGAUAUGUCAAGAAUCAUACGCGGCCCAUAUUUUUUCAAGAAUUCUUAGCAAAUGCUGAGUUCAGACGGCGGUAUUGGGCCAGAGGAUACCUUGGUUGGCCCCAAAUGCUGAAGGCAAAGCCAAAUUCGACACAUUAUGCAUUACAAAAUCUUUUAGAGCAAGGUCACAUAAGUAGCCUUAUUACUCAAAACGUUGAUCACUUGCACCACGCAGCAGGGACCCCGGAAGAUCGUAUAGUAGAGCUACAUGGCACCUUGCAUGAAGUAUCAUGUUUGUCCUGCCACCACACCACAAGUCGGUUUGAUUUCCAGCAGAGGCUCGAUGACCUGAAUCAGGCUUGGAAGGCUUACCAGCAGGAAAUUGUGGCAUCCGGCGGCGAACCUAAGACAAAUCCCGAUGGUGAUGUUGAACUCCCUUCUACUGUCUCUUAUGAUACUUUCAAGAUACCACCGUGCGAUGUUUGUGGGAACCACAUGAUGAAGCCUCGCGUGGUGUUCUUUGGUGAGAACAUCGAAAGCCAUGUCAAAGAGAAGGCAGCACGCCUUGUUGAAGAAUGCGAAUCAAUGCUGGUUAUUGGUAGCUCUUUGGCAACGUUUUCCGCCUUCAGGCUUGUAAAGAGAGUCAAAGAACUCGGAAAGCCUGUCGGAGUGCUCAAUAUGGGACCCACAAGGUCGGACGCAUUAAUAGAUUGGAAAAUAGAACUGAAUAGUUCUAUGGUUUUAGAAGAAGUUUUGCGUCAAAGAUUUCCAAACAAGUAGAUGUAAUGUAAUUAAAUAGACUCGUAUGAUGAAGCUGCUAUCGUAAUUCCAAUACUUUGUAGCAAAGAAACUGAUUUACUCAAUAAUAAAAUUUAGCUUUGUAAAAGUCAA